AUGGAUAGUCAGGAAACACUCGGGCUGCACCUCAUUCGAGUCUUGAGCUCCAAUUGUCACAGUCCAAUAUUGACUUAUGCGAUCAGGUGGAGCCGGAUGAGGUCCGGGUGUGGGACUUUGUCCUUGACUUUUCUUUGCCACUGCAGCUCGACCGUCUCGUAUGACAAGAUGGAUUUGUGGUACAAAUACAUUUAUGAGCUGUUGUUCAGUGUGCAGGUGGUCUUUGCGGUGGACUCCGUGAGACUCUUGAAUCCUCCCCGGGAACCCGCUCCGGAUCUCCCUUUGGAGGUUUCCUACUCAUGUGAUGCACCUGCGAUUGUACAACUGGACUUUAUUGUGACCUUCGACAUCGGCGAGAGUUCCACAUCCUUGCUGAGACGGUGGCACUGCGUCCCGGGAAAACCCCGAAAAAGGACACUCAAGGUGACCCUGCCCGAUUGGGUUCUUUACAAACCGGACGCCGUCGUUCCGGACUCCCGGUGGGUGUUGAGCUGCACGCUGCGAGCCUCGAUCAGGUACGGGGAAAUUGGCGGUGGCGACUGGGUGGUCGCAGUGCACCACGUCGCAACGUUAGAGUCCCGCUCCAAGUACGGUCGGCCCGUCAAGCGGCAUCAGGUCUCCUUCCCUUGGGGCGCGAGGAUGCUCUCGUUCGCUCAAGACCACGCAAGGAAACAAUGCCUGGCAGAGCAAGAAACGCUGACCUUGGUGUCCUUGUCCUCGAUCUUCGCCUCCACCGGGGAAAAAUUCGGCAUCGUGAAGAGUCUUCGGCCCUACGCCAGCGAAGUUCUGGAGUACCUUCGAAUCCACACCGUCGCUUUCCCCUGGUCCAAGUUCUCCAUCUGGUUGUUGGUGACCCGACACUGCCAAGAGCGCUCGUGCGGGGUGCUUCAUCGCAUUGACUCCAAGAACAACUACGCAACGCCCACCGUGCUCCUCACUCAGUCGGGUCGGCUGCACGUCCAAGUGCACGGCGGGCCGGGAGAAUCCACCGCCAUCCUCUUCCCGCACAAGCUGCCCUUGAACAGGUGGUGUCACCUCACGGUGACGUUUCAAGGCCGACAGGUCGCUAUCACCACCGUCUGCUUGGGCAACAAGUCAAGAACGGUGAAGUCCACAGAGAACAGGCUGAGCCAUGACAUCAGGCUGGACGACACCGAUGGAUACUUUGUGAUCGGAGGGGGUCGAUACGUGAAAGGCGUCGAAGGUUACUUCGGACCCUCGUUUUACUAUCGCAGUAGAGCGUCGCCCCAAAGCUCGUCAGACGUUGUUCUCCCGGCAGUCGUCCGAGAAUUGGACCUUCCCGGAUGGAUGCACGCCUGUGGAGAAUUUUCCUUCUCUAUAAACCAAAGCAUCCGUUUCUACUCGCUCCUGGCCCAGGAAAGCAAAGCGUCAGGCAACCGUUUGGAGAUCUUCCACGGUGAGAAACGGAAAGAUACGCCGAACACGUGCGAGCCGUGGGAGGGGGCAGUUCCUCGAUGCGUUGCCAAAAUUGUACAGCAUUUGGCUUUCAAACGCGCGAGGGGAGGAGUCAGCCCUGACGCGGUGGGCCGAGCGCUGUAUUCUCUGUCCCUUCACAAACUGGGCAGCGUGAGCAGCAUGCGAGUCUUCGCUCAAGUUUUACCUCUGCUACUGAACGCCAGCUGCUUGAAUAACUCUGCAGCUCUGCACAUGUCAUCGCUCAUCUACAGCUUGGGUCUGGGGGUGGACGAAGACCCCAAUAAGGCCCGGCUCCUGGCCCUGUUGGCGGCCCAGAAGGACCAUCGGCUGGCUCUGCUGCGACUGGGUCACCUGCACCACCGGGGCCUCCGCGGGGUCCUCGCUGACCAGGACGUAGCCUACGCCUACUACGCCAACAUGGCCGAACAGACCACGCGGGACCGGCAGAAUCCCUCGCCGGAGCAGGUUUACGUUGAGGACAUCUACCUGCACAACGACGAGAUCCUCAACCUUCAGACCAAUGAAGACCAUCACAUCUUCCAGUGGCUCAAGCUUCAGGCGAACCGAGGUGCCCCCGAUGCCGAGCAAUCCCUGGCCCGCAUGCUCUUUUGGGGUCAGCAGGGGGUGUCGACCAACGUUGAGGCGGCAGUGAGGCACUACGAGAGGGGGGCGGUCCGCCUGGAGGACCCCGUGUCCAUGUACGACUUUGCCAUUGUCCUUCUGCAGGGCCACGGUGUCGAAAAAGACGUUCCCAAAGCUGUCACGUUAUUGAAGAAAGCAAUGGACAAGGGUUUUGUCCCCGCCAUCAGCGCGCUGGCCUGGUACUACGAGCGGCUGGAGCUUGACUACCAGAAGGCGACGGCGCUGUGGGAGCGGGCGGAUGACCUCGGGAACCCGGACGCCGCUCUCAACCUCGGGAUCGUGCACUCCCUCGGGCUUUACCCGCACAGACCUGCCGACCGGUACAUGGCGUACAAGUACUUCCUGAAGGCUGCGGAGCGAGGACACAUCAGGGGAGCGGCGGAGGUUGCCGACAUCUGGUCCACCGGCCUCCCCGGUCUCGUCAGUCGCCGUCCGUCCAAUGCUCUCUUGUUGGCUCAUAAUCUUUUUUUUUUUCUCUUAUUAAAAGUAAUACACUGUCUGCCCGAGUACAGGACUCUAAAAUGUCUUUUUCUACCUGAGCACAGAUUGGCAAAGUGGGCGGCGGAGCAAAACGGAUACUUGGGUGGUCUGCUGCGGCGAGGCCUGAACGCCUUCCUGAAGAGUGACCUGUUUGGCUCGCUGGUGUAUUAUAUGAUGGCCGCCGAACUGGGCGUCGCGGUGGCCCAGUUUAACGCGGCGUACCUGUGUGAUCAAAACAAGGGAGAUUUCCUGCCUCCAGCUUUUGCACUGCAAUGCAAGAGAAGAUAUUAUAACCUCACGAUCCACAAUGAGAAACCGGAGCCUUACGCCUUCCUGAGGAUGGGCGACAUGUGGUACGACGGCCUGGUGGACGGCCGCAAGAGAUUGACCCCUGCCGCGCAGAUGUACAAACUGGCGGCGCUGAGCAACGAGCCGCAGGGAUGGUACAACCUGGGGUUGCUCGCCGAAGCGGGCUACAGGCUGCCGAUGCCGGUACUGAUGGAACUGGGCCUUUCCCGCUUUUACUUGGCAGAUGACGCCGAGCUUCAAACUGCUUUGUACAAAAGGUGUCGAGAUUCUGGCAUUUCCGAGUCCUACCUGCCUUGCAGCCUGGCGCUACUCAAAGUGCAUCUGCAGGUCUUCCAGAAGGAAUAUAGUACAGCUAUCAAGUGCGUCGUCACGGUUGUCGCGGCCGCGCCGGUUCUCCUUGUGGCCCGACGUGUCUUCUCUUGAAGCGAACGAGAGCUGCGGCGUUUUGCACGUUGAUCGUCUUCGAACGUUGGCGGUCGCAUGUACAGCACUUCCAGAUUAAGUUUUUACUAGUAUGGUCCCCCCCCCGCCCCCCACUGAUUUUUAAAUCACUAAAU